GGGGAGAGACCGUACGAGCUUCGCCUGAGGCACCAACCCACACAAAGAAAAGCUUGAUAACCUUCUGAAGCUUUUCCACUAAUGGCCGCUACAACCAAUGCUUUCCUUCUCUCUCCCCUCACCGACCGAUCACUCCAGCCCCUCCACCCACCGCAAUUACCCUCUCCAUUUUCCCACCACUUCCUCAUCCGACCGUUGCUUCCCGCCAUCGCCGCAAAGAAACGCUGUUCCGCUGUCGUCAGUUGCUUAAUCUCCGGCGUCGACGGUGGUGGAGUCUCCGAUGACUUCUUAUCCACCAGGAAGCCUGGUUUCGAUGGCGAAUUCGAAGUUAUUGCCAGUAUGCUCAGGAGAAUCCAACCUUUGGACACUUCGAUCAUCUCCAAGGGCGUUUCUGAUUCCGCCAAGGACUCCAUGAAGCAGACGAUCUCUACUAUGCUAGGGUUGCUGCCAUCGGAGCAAUUCUCCGUCACAAUUGGGGUUGCCAAAGACCCUCUCGAUAGGCUCGUCUUUUCUUCAAUCAUCACCGGGUGUACUCUGUGGAAUGUGGAGUAUAGGAUUUCAUUGACGAGGAAUCUUGAGAUAUCACCGGAUAGUUCGAACAGGUCGAUUUUCCCAGAGAAUAAUGGUAUUUUGGAAGUGAAGCGUGAGGAGAGAGAGGAUGUGGGUGACGAGGUUGGUGUUGGUGGGUCUGUUGAAGAUUUAGAAAGGAACAACCUUCAAAGUAGUCAGGCUUUGUCUUCGGAGGCUUUGAAAUACAUUGAACAGCUGGAAUCAGAGUUAUCUACGGUCAAGCAGGAACUGGAUGCCUGCAAACAAGACAAUAUGCAAAUGGAGUAUAUGAGACAAAGUAACAAUGAUUUGUUAGAGUACUUACGGUCCCUGGAAUCUAAUAUGGUUACUGAACUAUCUAGACCAUCAUCGUCGGAGGUGGAGGAAAUUAUUCACCAACUUUCUCAAAAUAUAUUGCAAAGAUUCUUUAAUGAGGAGACAGUCUCUAACUUUAUGGGAGAUUCAGGUAUUGAGGGUACAGAAAACUACCAAAACGGUGGUGAUGAAUUCUGUGAUACUGUAGGGACUUCCAGGGAUUAUCUAGCAAAGCUGCUUUUUUGGUGUAUGCUAUUGGGUCAUCAUUUAAGAGGCUUGGAGAACAGGCUGCAUCUAAGUUGUGUUGUUGGCUUGUUGUAAGUAAAAAGUACAAAGAGGGAUUUAUAUUCUUCCGUUUUUAUUUUUUCUUAGGGUGUUUCUUUAUCAAUUUUGCUAUAUAUCUGUAUUGAAUUUUCUUAUUCUGGAACAAAACUGUGAAUAUCA